GGUGAACCCCUCCACUCCAAACAAACCAGUUCACGCCAAACACCCAAUCAUGUUGCCAACGACAAUCCGCACACCGCCAAAGGCCGAAGACUACACGCCUCUGGCCGAGUACCAGUCAGCAACACCCGAAAGCUUCGUCAGUGGAAAGCCUGUCCUUCACUACCAUCUCGAAGGCGCAAAGGCAUGGAUUCCCAAGACGGAAUGCGGUAGCCUAGCUCUAUUUCCUGCCGACUCAAACGAGAAGCCUAGUGCUCCUGAAGGCGACAGCAUAAAUGGUGAUGUCGAGGAGCUUGUGGAGCAGGCAGUGGAUGUCUUUGUGAACUCAGAGGCCUUGACUAUCUUCAGUCCCAAGGUUGAGGCAGGUGUCUCAAUUCCUUAUCCCUCGAUAUCCAUCCACGCUAUCAAACAGCUAGGUCCCGAAACAGAUGCGCCGCGCACCCAAGCCGUAUGGAUGCAGCUUGAAUUCUCAGACGGUGGUGCCGAAGACGACGAUUUCAGCACAAUAGAUCUCACCAUCAUCCCACCCAAAUCAGAUUCUGAGCCCAGCGCCGCUAAGCAACUGUACGACGCCAUGGCCAACUGCUCCGACCUUCACCCUGACCCCAAUGAUGGCGAAGAGGACGAGGACGAGUACGACCGUAUUGUCUUCGAGGGCAGCGAGGAGCACCAGGCCAUUGAGGGGUUCACAGGCGUUCUGCGUGGUGCUAGUAAUGGCGGUCUACCGCCUCCUAUGCCUGGUAGCGGCGGCUGGAUCACGGCGGAUAACGUGAACGAGUAUUUCGACGAGGAUGGCAAUUGGAUCGGGCCCGGCGCUGGGGGCCAAGAGGAAGAACUGGGAGAAGGCGCAGGAAGAGUGCGAGAUCGCGAUGAAGCCGAGGGCGCUGAUGCAAUCGAAACCGCAGCCGCUGAUGAUCCCGAGAACAAGCGACCACGAGUGGAGUAAUAGAUGAUACCUCACGAGAGAACAUGGCAGGGCGUUAUGGUAUAAAAGACAAAAUUAAUCAAUGCAUUACGAGUUUCAGUUUGAUAUAGCAACUCAAGAAAAGAACCCUUUUUUUUUUUCA